UUGGUAGCUACACAACAAAAAGUAUAAAAAAUAAUACUCACAAUACAUAUCCUCCUUGGAUUUCUUUAAAAAGCUAACAUUCGAUUCAACGGAGGAAGUGUGAGCAACAAGAGCAGUUAAGAGCAAAAUAGAAAAAUAUAAAAUCAGCGGAAGUCGAUAGCACAAAAAUUAUAACAAUAUGAGAAGUUUAUUAUCAUAUUUAUUGUGCAUAAGCGCCGUUACGCUUUCGAUGACAGCACCUCAAUAUGUGAAUCCUUACGCUACACUACCACCACAAUUUUCGCAUCUGAGCUCCACGCCAUAUAUAGGGUAUGGACAAAAUAUUCGUAUUCAGCCAUGGGUCAUUGGGCAAUAUGCUUACCCAAAUUAUCCGUACUACUCAAACUACUGGAAUAAUAAUAAUAAUCCUUCCAGCUAUCCAUAUAAUAUGAACGUUCCUGCCUAUAAUAGCUAUAAUCCACCGAAUCCGCCUAAUCCGCCUAAUCCGUAUAGUCCGUAUAAUCCUUACAAUAUAAAUACGGGUACGAGUACUUAUUGGAAUGGAUACGCAUGGGUGAACAAUUCAUCGUCGAUGGGUAGAUAAAAAAACACAAGCGACCGAAAGUUUAGUCAUUUUACUGACAUUUGUACUUUAUGAAAAAGUGUAUUUGAAAAAGUGUU